CCCCUAGAGUCGCACAACUUUGACCUGCUAGUGAGGGAUGAUGCUGAGCAUGAAGAGGAUUUCACUGACAGCAGCCCGCUGAUCGUGAAAGAAGCCAGCUCACUGAAGCCAGCCUUGCAGCAGGAGUCGGCCGACGAGAGCAGCACUGAGGGAAGACCUGUCAAGCUGGAGAAAAAGCCAGAACCAAAACCUUUAGAGAGAAAGAGCAUGCUGGAAAAGGCGCAGACACCUACCAUCACACCAAGGUCGCCUGAUAAGAUCCGUGCAAAGCCUCUCCUCAAACUAACCUCCUUUGGAAAAAUAGGCACGACCGAUAAUGAUUCGGAAACAGAGAGUGAGGAUAUUAGAAAUAAUGAGGCUCCACCGAUGGAAGGGCUACAAAGUAGUGAGGAAAUGAUUAGGCUAAAGAAAAAAUCUCAAGAAGCCCUUAGGAAUCUCAAAAAGAUGCUGGAACAGGAGUUUGAGGAAUCCCGUGCACAGCUUCUCCAUGAAAAGGAGGAGUCUCUAAGGAGGGAGAAGGAUAAGUUGGAGAGAGAGACAUGCUCAGAAGAAGAGCAGCUGCGUGUCCAGAAGACUGACAAGCUGAGUAUACUUCAGCGACAGUUGAGCACAUCUGUUGAGAAUGAAGAGACUAUACUCAAGAAUACCCAGCAGGAAGCCCUGAACAGGAUAAAAGAGAGAUUCCAGGAAGAGGAGGAAGAAGAGGAAAGACGUCUCGGGGAAGUUAUGAAAGAAAAUCUAAGCAGGAUCAGAGCAGAUAUUGAGAGUACUAUUGAGGUCGAAAAAAACAAACUAGAAGAAAAGAAAAAGGGAGCUGGAGAGAAAAUCCGUAAGGAGGUAGAAGAGGAGAAGGAGGCAGAGAAGAACCGACUAGUAGCAGUGCAAAAGCAGGAAUUAGAAGAUAUUCGAGCUUCUUUGCAAAUUGAGAACGAGAAGGUAAUAACGGAGAUGAAGGACAAGCAAGAAAGGGAGCUGUGCAGGAUGAAGUCAGACAUGGAGGAGAAGCACGAGUCUGCUGUUCAUGUCAUGCAGCGCCACCUACAGGAGACACAUGAUUCUACAAUGGAGGAAUUGCAAGGAAAGCUUACAGAGGCGCAGGCUGUGCAGCUCAGACAGAAGCAGGCAGAGCUAGACAUGCUGGCAGAGAGGCAGGCUGUCUUCUCCACCUUGGAGAGAGACCUGAGUGACGUGCUGAGGGAGAAGAAGGAAGCGAUGAAGACGGUACAUGAUGAAGAGCUGAGAAGCCUUCAACAGGAACAUCAGACGUCGUUGCAGCAGUUGCGGAGCAAGUUUGCAAAGCAGGAAAUAGAACUCAAGAAUAACUUGUGUGAAAACACGGAAAAGCAAAAGGCGGUGUUGCUUGCUGAGCAAGCUACACAGCUGCGCCAUCUACGGGACGAGUUUGAAACCCGAAUAGUAUCUAUGAAAAGCGAAUCUGAUGCAAAGGAAAGUGAACUGGAAGAGAGAGUCAGCAUUAAUGCAGAAAGGCAGAGGAAGCUUGAUGAAGAGAUGAAGGAACUCGAAAAUAAAGAGAAGCCGGUUAUGAACCAGAGAAAUCUACAGCUAAAGCUGAAUGUAGUCAGGCAAGAUGAAGUGGAGACAGGCAGCCAGACUGACCAACCACAGGCUCUGGAUUUACAGCAGCAAACCUUUCUGGACACCAUUGAUGAGCUAUCACAGCAAAUACAGCUACGGCAGAAAGAGUUACAGAACCUCAAUGCUGCCAUAACUGAACGAAAAGCAGCGUUGACUGUGAUGCAAACACAAAAGGAGUUCAAUGCUGGAACGAUAGCAAACAUGGUAUCGAAUAGAACCAAAUCAAGGGAUGAAGUUCCAACUAGUACUGGCCGUGAUGGUGAAAGCAUUCUGGUUAGAGCAGAGCAGGAAACAGUUGAGCAGGAAGAACUAUUAGACAAACCCCUCCGACAUGCUCCAACAUUACAUGGUAUACAUCAUGCAGCUACAAUGACUGAUGCACCAACGACUACAGGGCCCAUGGCCAUACAGGAACUAACUACCUCACCUCACACCACUCAGGCAAAGCUAUAUCCUAGAAACCAGGCUUUGGAACAAAAUCAUGACUACAUACCUAGAGAAGACACUACUCCCUCCAAAAGGAGACAAAAGAUUGAACGCUCUUAUAAAACAUCCCAAAGAGCUUGGGAACAAGGUUCAACCGAGUUCAGCAGUGACAUCGAAGAAGAAAGGGUUGCAUCCGGUGAUGCCAGGCAGUCUGUGCAGCAGGCAAAAUCUUUCUUACGUGAGCAGAGCAGACAGCUGAAGAAGCGUGCAGCGUCACUCCGUGUUGCAAAGCAGCAAUGGAAUCACGACCUAACGAACUUGAAGAAGAAUCUCCCAGCAGAGAGCAGCACUAUGCUAGAUGGUAUUAGGUGCAAUCUGGAGCAGGAGGCAUUGGAGAUAGAGCAGCUGAGGGAGACCAUGGCAUCAAGCAGGAGACUUCUGAAAGGCCAUCACAACCGCCGUAGCUUGGAUGAACAUGAAGUCGGCUUAAACCUGUCAGAUAGUGCAGAUGAUGGGCUCUAUACCCGUGGUCGCAAUGCGGCUAGGAGACGCCAUGUCAGUAGCAUUGACAGCUCCAGCACUGAUGACGAUGGCGACGAAGAAGAUUCGCGAUAUGCGUCACCUGGCAUCCGAGCAAAACCUCGGCAUUAUACACCAGGUGGCAGUACAACAAACACUCGCAGUGUAGCAGAUUCCUUACACCAAAUUGACACUAAUUUGCAACAUGUAUUAGGAUUUCUCGGCACGCUGCCAGGGACCAAGACUUCAGACAUCACAGAGAGCAAACCUCAGUUUCAGCUAUCAGGUGGAAGUUCCACUGAUGCCAUACGAAUGGCAGAUUAUUUACAACGGAUUGAUUCAAACUUGAAAAAUGUACUGGGUUUCAUUGGCAUGAACACAAGUUCUGGCACGACUGGCGUUCAAGCAGAAAUACCACUUCAGAAACAUCGCUCACCAAUGAUGUCACAACAGCCACAGUUACACCUACCUCCAUACACAGUACUCGCUAAUUCUUCCUACUCCACUGUGACACAGCCACCACCAUUUGACUCGUAUCCUGCUCAUGAAACAGCCGAUAGAUCCUUACAGAAGAAAUGGCAGAAGUAUUUCGGCUCAAGGCCACUUUCAUUAUCAGUUACCUCACUUCCCCCAUCGGAGUCUGCAUUUGGUUAUCAACCAGCUAGCCAACUACUAGAAUCAUAUAGGACUGGCACUGAAAGAGGAGACCAGCCUCCCACAAACAUUGACUCACAACUGGCAGAGCACAGAAAAUGGCUCAAGGACUUCCAAAAAGACCUGGGAAUUGGUUCUAGUCUGUCUGGAUCUGAUAGGGGCUCCGUCAUCAGUGGUAGACUCUCACCGGUGAAGCAACCACAUGCGGUAUCUUCAUCCACCAAGAUGCGACUGGAGCUGGAUGAGAACAAUGAGAUUAGACUGCGAUCAUACUCCGGUACGCAAUCGGUUGAAUAACUUUCGUAUUAUAGGGCGUCUGCCAUGUGUUACUCUCGUGCCUACUGAUAUUGUCAUACAGUUCAGAGAUAGCAGAUUAUAUCCAUUGUUUUUUGUUGCUGUAUGUGAUCUCGUAUGAAACAUUGAAAUUUAAUGUAAAAUAUAUUUAUGCAUUUGAAUUAGAUUUUAGGUUCAUAUCAUACAAUUCCAUUGCUAUUUAUAUGACAAAUUUGUGUGAAUGUUCUGAGUUUAAAAUGGUCAAGUUGACAUUAUUCUUUAUAUAUUGUACAUAUAUAUUUUGGAAUACAUGUAUAUGUGAUGCAUUUGAGUACAUAUCACUUUACAUUAGAUGUUUUAAAUACAUUAAGCAGCAUACUAGCUCAGCCUGUUGAAUAACUGUGAUAUGUAAGCCCAUGUUUUUUGCACUGAUGGGGACCAUUAUUACUGUACUAAUAUAUAGAAUAGAUAGAUAGAUAUCCAGAGAGACAUGAUACAAGACACAACACACCACCACACCACACCAA